UGUGUAUAUUGCUGGUUUUCCUGAGUAUACACAGCCAAUGAUUGAUCAUUUAGUUAACAUGAAGAUUAACCACUGGGAUAGUGUUAUUCGAGAACUUUCAACCAAAGCUCUGCAUAACCUUACACCACGGGCUCCUGAAUACAUGGCAAAUGUGGUUUUGCCAAGACUUCUACCUUUAUCAGUGGGCACAGAUCUGCACACACGCCAUGGGGCAAUUCUUGCCUGUGCUGAGAUCACCCAUGCACUGUGUAAACUAGCAGAAGAGAAUAAUAGAUCUAUAACAUACUAUUUCAAUGAAAAAUCAUUGGAGGGACUGAAGCAAAUCCAUCAAGAGCUUUGCAGUCGUCAGUUAUACAGGGGUUUAGGUGGAGAACUGAUGAGACCAGCUGUCUGCACUUUAAUUGAAAAAUUGUCACUAUCAAAAAUGCCAUUUAGAGGAGAUCCAAUAAUCGGUGGCUGGCAGUGGUUAAUAAAUGACAGUCUAAGAAGUCUCUCUCUUGUUUCAAGCGCUGCACAACAGCAUAUAAAGGAGUCUGCAGUCUCUGCACUGGCUGCGCUGUGUAAUGAAUAUUACAUCAAUGAAAAGGGAGAAGCUGAUCCAGCUCUACAGGAUGAGCUGGUGACACAGUAUGUUUCGGAACUACAAAACACAGAGAAAAUGAUUCGUUGUGGCUUUUCACGGGCUCUUGGGGCCCUUCCAAGAUUUCUGCUGAAGGGCAGGCUCCAACAGGUUUUGGAAGGUUUGAAAAAAGUUACUUUAAUUUCUCCUGCAGAUGUGAGCUUUGCAGAAUCCAGAAGAGAUGCCCUAAUAGCAAUUGCAAAGGUUUGCCAGACUGUAGGUGUAAAGGGAGAAGGAUCCCAGGAAGAAUAUGUCUGCAGAGAUAACGUUGCUCAGAUUUAUGCUACGCUGCUAAAUGGUGUGACCGACUACACCACAGACAGCCGAGGAGACGUUGGAGGAUGGGUCCGUGAAGCUGCUAUGACAAGUUUAAUGGAAGUGACGCUCCUGCUGGUUCAGAAUGAAAUGGAGUUAAUUGACGCCAACAUCUGCAAACAGAUUAUGUGCUGGCUGGCCCAACAGUCGGCUGAAAAAAUCGAUAAAUUCCGAGCUCAUGCAGGAUCAGUGUUCCUUACUCUUUUACAUUUUGACCAUCCUCCAGUUCCACACAUACCUCAUCGAGAAGAGCUAGAGAAGAUAUUUCCAAGGUCAGAGAAAGAGACUCUAAACUGGAACGCUGCAUCAGAAGCUUUCCCUCGAAUCACCCAGCUUUUGGGUUUGCCAGCAUACCAAUACUAUGUGCUCUUGGGGCUCUCGGUGUCUGUUGGUGGAUUAACAGAAACAACGCUCAGAUACUCUGCCCAGAGCCUUUUUGACUACAUGAAAAAAAUCCAGAAUGAUUCCAGUGCUAUGGAGAGUUUUUGUGAGACGUUGCUGAAGGUCUUUGAGGACAACUUGCGGAAUGACCGGGUAUCUGUACCUCUCCUGACAAUGCUGGAUCAAAUGCUGGCAAAUGGCUGUUUUGAUAUAUUUACCAUGCAAGAGAACCAUCCCUUUUCAGUGAAGUUAUUUACCCUUUGUAAAGAAGAGAUCAAACGAUCCAAAGACAUCCGGAAGCUUCGCUCCAGCAUAGGAGUGUUUUGUGGCCUGAUUCAAUUUCAAGGAGACAUGAGAGAGAAAGUUUUUUUUCAGUUGUUUCUCCUUCUUUGCCAUCCCUUCCCUGUAAUCCGGAAAACAACUGCCAGUCAAGUGUAUGAAAUGUUGAUAACCUACAGCGACGUCGUUGAUCCUACCAUUAUGGAUGAGGCUAUGACCAUACUCAGCGAUACCAACUGGGAAGCUGAACUGCCAGUAGUAAGGGAGAAACGCAACUGGCUCUGUGACCUCAUGAAAGUGCCCAAACCGCAGCUGGUGCCCAAGUUGCAUUUAGAAUUGCGUCAGCCUUUUUCAGCAUCUGUGGCUGAAAGUCACCAGGUCUGUUCUCCAGAGCAUCGAAAGCUGAUCUUGGGUAACGGAGCUUUGAGAGCACCUCUGGGACUGGCUCUUGUGAGA